CGAUAUGAGGGGGGAAGGGGAGGACCAGUCUGUAAGCCACAAAGAGACACAUCAUGGAAACAGGACUCGUUUGCUUUCCUCUUUUUGUAUAUGGUAGCUUGUAGCUGUCGCGUCCCUAGUGCCACUGUGGAGACGAUGCUGGUAAAUUCAGACAGGGGAGCUAGGCGGAGUGGUGAUAGGCUUGUGGGUGCAUAUGUGGUGGGGCAGAUGAGGCACGAUCUCUGAAGUGGAGCUUGCUAGUGUCCCCGUUCGGAUCGGUUUUGAUGGAUCGGCGCAGAGGUGCAAGGAGGAGGGAGCAGGAGGAGAGGCAAAAGAGGAGACGCAAGCAUGCACUGCCAUUGUAGCUCUGCAUAGCUCACCUGAUGGAGAAGCAGGGCUAGUGACCCCAGUAGCCAGGCCGCUAGUCGCAAAUGAAUAGCUAGUGGAGGGUUAGAGCAGCUGCGGAGGAAGGAUCAGGGUUAUGAGGGUCCUUCAAAUUGUCACUGGCAGUUGCCCAUCUCUAAGGUGCGCCACUGUGGGUGGCUUCUCGCAGAACUGGAGUGUUGAUUUGCAGUCCAUUCGAAGGUGAAGUUGGGGUCGGCGAUGUGGAUUGUUUCGCGAGUUGCGCCAACCUAACGUCGCCUUGCUUGCACAUUUGUUCCAGUGGCAAGCGAGGAAGGAGCUCCUGGUGGUAAUCGGAGAACCCUCUACGAAGUAUUUUGUGGGGUGUUUUGGCCGUUGGGGAGUCAGUAGCUCCUCGGGUCGGCCCCCCUGAAGAACCUGUCGAUUGCAUUGUGACCGUGGGUGCUCAUGGGAAAACUAGUUCAGGACGUUUUCUCAUGUGAGGGACACGCAUGGAAUGAAAUUGAUCAGCCGAAGAGCCGUGACCUUGGAGAUCGAUUUCUGCUUCACAAGUCCCUUGUGUAGGAAGAGAAUCAACUUUUGCGACGGAGUUGAAGACGCUGAUUUGACCGGGGCUUGUGAAAGAAGACUUGUCGAAGUUUCUGUAAUCGAAGCUACAUCACAUUCGACAGUAUUCUGUGAGGCAUUGGUCGUUAAAAUGGCGCUCCUCAGCAACUCGACGUUUUAAAAAUUCUCAGAUUAAUUUCACGUCUCCAUGCUCUUGGUAGACUUGAGUUUGGUGAGGUGUAUGGUAUCGUGUGACUGUCUGGCCCAACCCUACCAAUUUCCUCACAAAGUCUGACUUGGCGAAAGUUGCUUUGCAGUCAUCUAGUACUUUGUUCAGUACUUAGUAUCCAAUGUAAUUCUUCGUUUUCGUCUACAUUACACAAGAAAGUGCCCAAGUCUAGGCUAACCAGCUCUUGAGCAGGACACUACCCAAUAUCUCUCGGAGUAGAGUGCAGAACCCAAAUACAGCAACCUCUCCUGUUAAUCCAAUCUAGUACACAGAACACUAGAAGCAGUGAGGUGGUGUUAUCAGAGAGAAACCUGGUUUUAAAGCCCUGGAAUCGAGAAAGAUGAGAACUUCUAUGGUAUCUAUGAGCAGAAAGGCGUUCGACAAUGUAUGAAGAUGGACCUUCUCUCUUGAUUACUGCAACUAUUCACUGUCUAUGUGCGAUACUCCUUACGAGUGAAUGCUUUGAAAUCCAAUGCACUCUCCAAUUUGAUGGAGCGACCGGACUUUAGAGGACCAAUGGAGACCAAAAUACCAGAAACAGUGGAUGGUGAAACCAGAAUGUUCAUCAAGCAUCCCGAUGUCGUACUCACAACUUUGGGCAACUCAAGCAGACCAAUCGGUUCGUGCGUGCUGGAUCAGGUCUUGGACUCCCCGAUUAAUUUUCUAGGAAGCUCUCUUCAGCACCAAAUUUUAGGAUCUCUCCGCCUUAACGGCGUCCUCAGCUCUAGCUGUCCUACAAGUGCAACCUUCAAUUUCAAACAAUCGAGCAGAUCUAUUACAGGUAAAUUCGUAACCAGUGAGCAAGAGUAUCUCCUCCAGCAACAAGGAUCUUCUAUUGGGUCUUGCAGGGCCCAGCUCAGUGCAGCGGAAAGCAAUUCUGUUGCAGUUGACAACACAAACAAAGCAGCACGACAAGAUGAAAGGUGGAUAGGAGACAGGCUCCUUGACACUGAAACCUUCAAAAAUGAGUUGGAAUUUGAGCAACAAAAAGCGAAGAGAGCACACUUGCUUGAUAGACAGUGGGAAUCUGAGCCCCAUUCGGUGUCUACUUCAAGGGUCUGGAGCUCAAAGAGACCUAAGCCGUCGCAACAACAGCAUGAACUUAGAUCGGUUCCGUGUCCGCCAGUUCCACGGAGCAAGACCACUAUCGGCCUUUACCACGAAGGGCCAGUCGUUGGCCAUGUCGCGGAGUACAUUGAUUUUGAGGAAUUAGACCUUCAACAAUUGAAAGAUGUUAAUGUUACUGAGAAGUUUCAAGGCUAUUUUUGUUCAAACGAAAACCCCCACAAAAUCGUCGCUGGAGGAGGAUCCAUCAGCGACCGCCGGCAAAAGCUUGGCAAUACCAGAUGUGAUGAUUUCCCAGAGAAAGUUCACGAAACUGUGGUUUCUAUUGAUCAGAGUGAGGAGUCUCUUCCCUCUGGAUCCGGAAAUGGGUUGGGUGAAAGUUGUCACGAUGUUGGUGGGACUGCAGAGUGUAAUUAUUUGAUACUCCCAGGAACGGAGCCAGACGAGGUGUUCCAGAGUGAUCCACAUGAUAUUGAUUUCUCUAGCAAAAGUUUUAUGAAUAGUUCUUCUCAAAGGGGGCCACACCGUCAAAACACUAUAAAAGGCCUUUGGACAAUCGAGGAGGACAGGCACCUGAUAGAAUUGGUGAAGAGGUAUGGACAACAACGCUGGACACUUAUUGCCAAUUAUUUAUCCGGCCGCAUUGGCAAGCAGUGCCGAGAGCGGUGGCACAACCACCUGCGUCCAGACAUUAAGAAAGAAGGCUGGAGUUCUGAAGAGGAGGAAUAUCUUGUAUUCGUUCACAAUACUCUGGGAAAUCGGUGGGCGGACAUAGCGAAGCUAAUUCCCGGUCGCACUGAAAAUGCAAUCAAGAAUCAUUGGAAUGCCACAAUGCGACGCAAAGAUCUCCGGCGCAAGCACAGAAGGCCAGUUGGUGGCUCCAAAUGCGGUCCGGUUGAGCCCGUUUCCCGAUGCACAAUCCUGCGUGAUUACCAGCAGAAAGUUGUAGCCCAGGCGAAGCGGAAAGGAAACACCCAUGAAACCACCUCCCCGUCAAAUCCUGACCAUUUCGAGCUUGAUCAACACAAGAGACUUUCGAAGAAUACUUGCCCAUAUAACACACAGAUCGCUGGCAAUUCUGAUACAAAUUGGAACACUGAGAAGUCAGAAUAUCAACGUCUUGUUCAGAUCAAAGAAAUGCGGUCAGAGGAGAGGAAACAGCUGUCAUAUACAAUAUGUAGAGGUGGAGAAGAAGGCGAUCCGGACUUUAGCAACGCACCACAAGGGAGCGUGGUGCUACAGCAUGGGAGAAGUGGAUCUGUUUUCAAUCAAGAUUGGAGGAAUUGCGGACAAUAUGAAAAUAAUGGAAUGUAUUCGACUCCUCCACUGUGGAUACCGAGUUUCAGAGGCACGGAAAAAUCUGAAGGAGACUCUUACAUUUCAGGUGGCAGAUGGCAUGUACCUAGAGAUGAUGUUACCUGGAGUCAGAUGGCUGCUGACAAUUCGGACGCUGGCCUCAAUCAAAGAAAGAUAGAUCAUCACACAGUACAUUGUCUUUCUCACUGCAACCCUCUUCAGCAGCGAAGCAGUGAAUCACAUACCCGAUUUGACACUCAAGGGAGUCAACUUGAAAAUGAAGUACUUCACUCGAAAAUUAGAGGAAUUAAAAAUGUUUCGGUGACGCUUGAUCCAACAUCCGGCGUACAGAUGGCGCCGCCCGCACAAUCAGACUGCGAGUAUACGGAUUCAUCAAGUCCCAACUUGAAUAUGGCGCACCUCACACUACCACUGAACUCCUUACAAAACUACUUCGGAGAUUCUCGAAACAUUCUUACCGAAGUGGAACCGCACCAACUUGAUCACGGAGUUUGUUGCUUGCCCUGUCAGACGCUUGGCAUUGCCGACUUGAGGACAAAUUUGGGCUACCUCUCGCAGGAGCACUGGCGUCCCGCUGCAGUUGAGGGUCGCAACAGUGGCAAUCUUCCGGCAGCCGGUGAGAUUGAUUUCAUCGAGAUUAUAGCAAGUUAGGCUCCAGAAUAUGCUUGAAAAUAUCUCCACUCUCUGCAAAAACUUGCUCAGUGUUCGCACAUCCACCAUACAGUGUACAAAGAUCAGGCUUGAAAUCGGAAGCCACGUAUGUAUUUAGGCUUUCAUGUAGCAAGACGGUUGGGUGAUUCCUUUUCAACAGCUCCCAUUUCAAACUUACAUUUUAUCUGACACAACCUCCUGAAACGUUUAUUUGCAAUAGGUUAAAUCGAAUGAGAAAAUUGGUCCACUUUACUUCUAACAAAUUCUGCAUAUGUUCUAAUUCCUGACACACUACAAUGAAGGGGAGAAUCUUCGACUUCAAUAUCAUUUUGCGUAAUGUAUUGCUGCCUCAUUGUGAAGGGUGGUGUAUCAACCUACUCAAAAUUAUGCAGUGUACUGAAACGAUAUCAUACGCUGCCGCACUGCAAGAUUAUAUUCACCAUCUUUCCAGAAACCUCAACCCAAAACUGCUUUAUAAAGUUGAGUCAGUCAUCAUUCAAGGCAAGUAUUGCAAACAGUAACUUGACAAAAGUUAAUUUGAUUUUACAAAGUAUUCAAGGCUCUUUUAUGGAUAUUUUUUAUUGAAACUUAUCAUCAACCAUGCGGAGAUAGUCUUUGACCUCUGAUCUGAAUUCCGUCCAAUCUUGAUAAAUCGAAACGUAGUUGCUAAGAUGACAUUGGUGGGGCGAAGGAUGGUUGUGCUUGACAUGUUCAGAGCUCUAGGGCUUGAACAUGCGGAUGCCAAUCUCCAACUACGGUGCCAUGCUGCCAUUGUAGUAAACGACUGCAGCAGUUCAAUUCGCCUUCUUGUGAGUGUCUGACUGGAAUCCCUACCUUAACACGUGCCGAAACUUCGCAAGAAAACUUGUCAGGUUAUAAAAUGUCACCAUCCAAGGUUUUAGAGUCCCUUGUUUCUACAGUCCUAUCUUCAUUUUGCAAAGGAUCAUACAUUUCAAAGACAUUUGAAAUCAUGUGCGCAACCAGCACAAGAAGAAUUCAGAAGCUGUUACGCUUUAGAACCUUCAGAGCAAAAUAAUGGGAUGAAAAUAACCCGCACUCUUGCAAGCUGUGCUGUUGAAAAUCUGCUCUCCAGCUAGGACGAGCUGAUGGCUACUCUACUUUAGGCACACAAUCAAAUUCAGUUUAAAACAACGAAUGAUGAUUAAACAAACGACACCAGGUUGUUAGAACACAAACCCUUAAAAACUUGUGCACCCUUGUGCACCAUUUUAUGUAUCAUUCUGAUCCCUACAUAAUGAAUAAAAAGUGCUUUUUUGUGA